AGCUUCCAUAUUUCCAGUCCAAACAAACAGGUCUGAUGCUGCUAAAAGGUCCUACACUCAUACUACAUGUUAGCUUAUUAAAAUGUGUACAUUUACCAAAAUGUGAUUCUGUUUUACCGCCGCGUAAAACUAACAGUCGUCCGGAUAUGGCUGACAUACCUGUUCGAAGACAGUCGGACUGAUAAUGCCUUAACGUCUCCAGCUUGCUUCGCCGUGUCCGUGGAGCCCAGAACAAGAUGCUGCUGAAGAUGCCGAAGAAGCUGCUGAAAACUGCCCACUACAUAGAGCUGGGCAGCUACCAGCACUGGCCGGUGCUGCUGCCGCACAGGAUUCGGUUGUACACCUACGAACAAAUCCCCCUCUUCCUCAAAGAAAACCCCUACAUCACAGACGGCUACAGGGCACACCUGACCUCCAAACUCUGUCUGAAGAGUAUAUUUAUUCUAUCCAAUGAGACUGUGAAUAUCUGGAGCCACCUUCUGGGUUUUCUCCUUUUUUUUUCUCUUGGGGUCAAUGACCUCUCCUCAGUACUACCAGCCGCUGGAGCAAACAGAGAAGACUACGUCAUCUACGCUAUUGGGCUCUUCUGCUUCCAGGUUCAGUCAGCUGCACCCUCUCAGGUCUGCAUGCUCUGUUCAGUGGGAUACCAUCUGUUCUCAUGCCACCGUUUGGAAAAGACGUGCCGCCGCUGGCUGGCGCUGGACUACGCCGGCAUUUCCAUCGGGAUCCUGGGCUGCUACGUUCCUGGGAUCUUCUAUGCUUUCUACUGUAAUGCUUUUUGGCGACAGGUCUACCUGCUGACGGUGCUCUCCUUGAUCCUGGCCAUCUUCUGCGCUCAGGUUCACCCUCGUUACCUCAGCAACGACUGGAAAAUUAUCAGGACGACAAUCUUUUGCUGCGUGGUGGGCGUCGGUGUGAUUCCUGCCUGCCACUGGAUCUGGCUGAGUGAAGGGUUCGCUUCUGAGAUUGUGCAGCUGUUUCUGCCUCGUGUGAUUGUAAUGUACCUGAUAGCUGGAUCUGCAUUCCUGUUCUACGCCACCAAAAUUCCAGAGCGAUAUUUCCCUGGUCAGGUGAACUACGUCGGCGCCAGCCACCAGCUGUGGCAUGUACUGGUGGUGGUGAUGUUUUACUGGUGGCACCAGACGGCCGUACACAUCAUGGACUUCAGACACAGCCGGCCCUGUCUCAGCCGGACCGGCGGCAGAUAAGUGAACCUUUCCUCAAAACGUCACAUUACUUUAAAACAACCUUCAGUUGUUGCCUUCACCUUUUCUUGCUGUAAGUGCGAGGCGCCUAUGAUGUUGAUGCUGACUGAUAGACAUUGACCAAUAUUAAAAGCUCUUAGAGUUUUGUGACUGUGGCGUUGCCUUCUGUUUUCACAACAGUGAACAGAAAAUUGACUAUUAGAUCAAUGCAUGAAGCUGAAAUGUUCAUUUUGUAGAAACAAACUCAACUUUAAUGUUUUUAAGUGACAUCAUAUUUUACAAUUAAUUAGGUUUUGUCAGUUUUUUGUGUAGAAGUAUUUAAAGAGGGGGUUAUUUGAAUCAAAUCUUACUGCCUGCAUGAAAUCUGCCUUCUUUUGCCUGCAUUUGUUUUUUACUUUCAUCUACUUAUGUUUUUAUAAGAACUUUGGGAGGAAAAUAGAAAUAUUGGUUUAACAUCUGAACAGAAAGUUUUAUCUCUAUCUUUGGCAUUCACAUGCACAGCAACAUUUUACCUCUAAACCUUAUUUUAUGUCUAAUUUAUCUGCAUUUCUGCUCUGAAUCAAUUGGAGCUAGUUUUAUAUCAGUUGUGUGAUUUGGAUAACAAAGACUGAGACAUUUCACACAACUCAUUGCAUAUUCCAAAUGAGACUUUUUUCUGGCGAAGAUGUUAAAAAAUAAUGACGUCGUUCCUGACUGUUCUACUAUUUUGCUUCCAUUUCUAAAAGUAAGUGAGUCUUAUAUAUAAGUCUAUAUAAAUAAGUCUCAAUUCACACGGAUUAAAAAAUUUUAACCAAAUUGCUGAAACACCCAAAGAGUGCCAGUAGGUGGCGAUAACAUUAACAACACAUGAGAGUGUCUGUUUCAUUCCAGGCAUUAAUGUUUACACCUAUUCACAUGUGAGAAACUUGUAAACACAAAUGUCUUCUCCUAGUGAGAGCAGAAAUGAAUUUUAUUAGUGAAAUAUGGCUGUACAUGUCCUCUUAAAAUGUCAAAAAUGUGAGAAUCUUUUUUUUUUCUUUUUUGUGUGUCUCAUAUAUUCCCUGUGGAAAAACAAAUUAUGUGUGACGGCAUUAGAUCUGAAAUAAUUGCUUUAGUUGCUGUUCUUGUUUUUAUACUUAGUCCUACCUCCUUAGGAUAAAUCAUGAGCAACAGAGUCAAUCACAGAGCAGAAUGAUCACUGAUAAUCAAACCAGACUGAUACUGUACUUAGUUUUUUUGUUUUUCUUUUCACAAUUCAGCUGUAACCUAAUGAACACAACAAUCACUCUAAGGUAAUCACUUAAAUAUGAGCAGGGCAUGAUGAUAAGAGUCUAUUUUUUUAUUUUCCUCUACUGCCAAGUAUAUGUUGAUGUAAUAUCCUCUGGAUUGUGUGUGCAUGGAGGAAUGUACAAUAUUGAUCUUUAAUAACAACUGUAAGUUGGAUAACUUCAAAAAGAUCAUUUUAAUUGCAUGUUUGCACUUUAAGUCCAGUUCAAUUAUGUAUAUGCAUGCACCUUAGCUGUCCAUCCUUUUGUGUUUAAGUUGCAAACUGAAGAAUAUUUUUUAGAAUUGGUUAAAGUUUUAUCAAGAUUACUGAAAUAACAUAUUAUGAAUGUAAACGACCAAUCAUUAUAGUAUUUAAGAUUAACACAGAAAUACACCAAUGGAGAACCGCACUGAAAUCUUUACUCUGUUUGAAAAGCUGAUGGAAGUUUUGUUGAUUUAAAUCUCGGGGUUUUCAUUGUGAUCUGUCUGUGCUGAGUUAAACAAAAAUACAAAUACAUCUUAAUCAAAAUACGGACAAAAUCAAAAAGAUCAGGUGUGGUAGGACAUGUUUUGUGUGUCGAGCAGCUUAUUUAUGUGUUCAUCUGCAAGGUAAAUGGAGCCCAGAAGACAAGUAAACGCCUCUUUGGUUUUGCAAGUAGCAAUUAUAGGCUGAUUGGUAUAAAUUGUGAUAAUAUGGACCUCUUAAAGAUAAUUGAAUUUACUUUACAGCCUCUAAAAUCCUUUAGUUUCCCCUUUAUAAAACUUGUUUGUUUCCUUAUUGCUGCCUGAAUGAGGCCAGUAGAAAAUGGAAACUACUUAUGUUCGUUAUUUUUUUGUUCUUGCAUAAAAGGAGAUCUGUUAUUAGAACAAGCAUUAAAUGUUUUUAUUUUUGCACAUUUUAGCCCUGUUUGUGUUUCAUUUGCCUUAUCUUUGAGUAUCUGUGGUGUGUUUUUACUGUUUCUCACAAACUAGAGCAAAAUGUUUCUUUAAUUUAAAAAACAUGAAAAUGAAUGCACCAUAAAAAGCUCUUACUGCUGCAGACUGCAGAACUGAAUUCAUGGACAGAUACCAAAAUAAAUAACUGUCUCCCCAUACAAUGCAAUUUUUUCCUUGAAUGUUCUCUUGGGUGUUUAUGUUUUCCUUGUGGUAUUAUGAUGAAAAAAGCACUGACCAAUGAGAUGAGAUGAACAUUUGUUUCACUUCAUCUGUGAAAAGAUAUUUUUUGAACAUUUGAGCAAAUAAAGUGUUAAAGAACUAAA